AUGGGUGUAGCCGGAAACGAACAUUGCCGGGGGCGAUGCAGCAUCGGGGUGUUUCGCCUGCAGUGCAGCGAGUGUCGCCGGUGUGGCCUCGGCAAGGGGUUUCUCUCCCCGGGGUUUCUGUCCUGGGUGAUUCUCCCAGUCUCUCUCCGUCCCCUCUCUCUUCCUAUCUGUCCCCCUCCUCCUGAUUCGUCGGUGGUGUCUCCUGCUCCGGGCGGUCGUGGCGUUCCCGCCACGUUCCUGAUCUCACAAGCGCCUCCCUUCCGCCAACGCUUGCGCCCCCGCCCCUUCUUCCACCUCUUGCCCCGCGUCCUCCGCCUCGGGCCCCACGGAUCGGCGCUCCUUCCCCGGUCCGGCUCUCGUCAUUCCGCCCCCCUCGCCCGGCCUGUGGCGCUCUUCCCGCCGGGAUCCAUGCAUCCUCGUCGCCUUCCCCUCUUUCUUGUCCCACAGAUGGAGGUUGACGCUCUGGCGAUAGUGGCGACUGCUCUUGCUCACUCCAGCCCCGGAGGGGACCCGGGGCGCCAGGCCCCAGCCCUGCUCCGGGCCGCCUCGGCGCUGGCUGGGCACGGAGCUUCCUCCCGCCCUUUCCGCGAGCGGCGCGCUCAGGGGCGCCGGUCCCGUGACCCCGUCUUCCGCUCGCCGCCUGGUCGCACUCCUGCGUGUCUGCGCCCUCGGCAGCAGCAGAUGUUCCGGCGCUCACAGCGGCCACCGAUACCUCCCCCUCGACCGGGGCGUCGGCCAGUCCUCCUCAUCAGCUGCUCCGUCACCGGCGCCGUUGGAAUGCCCGCAGCUGUUUCUCGGCGGGAGGCGCAUCCCAAUCCCGUGGGAGGUGAUGGGGUAUCUGAGGGCGGAGGAGGCUCCGGGUGUGCAGUCGCCCCCUCCAUCAACUCUGCCAUCGUCUCCUCCUCCACCUGUCGGUCCUGA